AUGGCUAGCUCUUUUAAGGGAGAUAAAUUAAUUGAGAUUAAUGGCUAUAUGCUUUAUAUUGAUGGCUUUAAAGAAAAGCCUAAUAAAGAGCUUUAUUACGCUAGAGCUAAGAAUAGUGAGGGAGCUAUUACUUGGUCCCUUUAUUCACUUGAGCUAGCCGUAAAAUAUCUUGAUAAAUUGAGCGAAUUCGAAGAAGCUAAUAAAAAGGCUUUAAGAGCGUUAAAAUCUAUUAUAUCGCUUGAAAAUCAAAAGCGAUUUAAAGAUAAAACUAGCGCUGAGGAUCUAUAUGACGUUAUAAAUGAGACUUAUAACGAUACAAGGCUAGAAGAAGUAGAUAUCGAUUCGCUUAUAUCUGAUUUAUUAUUAGAAGAGGCCCGAAUAGGUACUAGCGCGGAUUUAAAAGCAAAUAAAGCGUUUAAAAAUAACGUUAAAUAUUGCUCGCAUUGUAAGCAAAAGGAGCAUUUAAAUUCAACUUGUUUUAAAUUGCACCCCGAACUAAAGCCGAACUUUAAUAAAAAGCCUAAUAAUAAAGCUAUAUCGGCUAAGGAUAAAGACUUCAAGAAUGGCUCUAGUAAAGCACUAAUGAGUGCUUUUACUAAUUCUAGCUCCAAUAGUGAAUUAAAUCACUUUGGCAUAGCUUAUUCUAUUACGAAUAAUAAUGAAUUCGUAUUAGAUUCAGGAGCCUCAGAGCAUUAUUCGCUUAAUAAAGCUUGGUUUAUAAAUUAUAAGCCAAUAGCUAAGAAGUCUAUAAUUAUCGCUAAUGGCGAUAUUAUGCUUAUUCUAAGCAUAAAUUUUGUUUUAAAAACAAUCGAUAAUAGCGAAGGUCUUUUUAAAGCUAUUGAACAAAAUCUUGAAAAUUGUGAGUCUUGCGUAUUUAAAUUAGAUAACGCAAGAGAAUUCACUUCGAAUAAAUGGAUUACGUUUUGCAAAAGCAAAGGUAUAAUUUGCGAAUAUACUAGUCCUUAUUCACCUUCUCAAAACGGCAUAGCCGAACGAUUAAAUCGUUACUUAAUUGAACGCUUAAUAAGCUUAAGAGUCGUUGAAAUAGAAGAAGCCGAAGAUCAACCUUAUUUUGAUGAUACUGAAUCUCGCGCUAGCGAUGCUUUUAGUGAUCUAAAUACAGAUGAUCUUAAUAAGGUUACCGUAGAAGCGCCUAAGGCUCUUAAAACUCGGGGCCCGGCGAAAGAUUACUCCGAUCAAAGACCAAACGUAAUUACUAGAUCGAGUAAAAAUAACUCUUUUAAUUUAGCUAUUACAGAGCUAAAUAAUCGAUUAAUCGAAGAGCAAAUACAAGCUAUGUCGGUUUACAAGAACAUACCUUUGCUAGCGUUGUCAAACAAAUGGCUUGGCGCUUAA